AUGGCCAAGUCAAAGAACUCGUCCCAGCAUAAUCAGUCGAAGAAGAACCACAGGAACGGUAUCAAGAAGCCUAAGACGCACCGUUACCCAUCGCUCAAGGGUACCGACCCCAAGUUCCGCAGGAACCACAGGCAUGCUCUUCACGGCACCAUGCGCGCUCUGAAGGAGGUCAAGGAGGGCAAGCGCGACGCGGCAUAG